CGAGAUGUAAGUUAGAUAUGCAAUCUUCAGAGCUUUAUUCAUAACUCUCAUAGAUUCUGUUCGUUUCAUAUAAGCAAUUAUUAACUACGAACACAUGGAGUGGUCCGCCUGUGAAUAGGGUAUCAUUUUUGCCCCUUUGCCCCUGUUGGCAUUGUUUUCUCGGUGUGAUCCAUUGAUGGGGUACCUAAAUCGUAGCAGCUAAAAUUCCAGUGCUUUAAUGCCCUGCCGAAACGAAAACGAUGUCAGUGUCACAGUGACCCGUUCGAUCUAGGCUGCAUUGCAGGCUGUAGGUCGAUCACGCCAUUACACUUUCAAAAAAAUCAUUCUACGUUGUGUCGGUUUCUGCUUUUGUAUUCUUCAGUCAAUGUAAACCCCCACCCCGGGACAAGGUGGGAAUUAGUCGGGAAAAGAAGGGGAUUUGAGGGAAACCGCAUCCCCGAGGCGAUGGAGGAUUGGGAAAUGUUUGUAUUUAACCGUCAUCUCCAGGUUAAGGGGUUUGAGAGGGGGUUUGCACUGGUUUGUAUGCGUAACUAAUGAUUUUGACAAUAAAAAAUGCCCUUUUAAUGGCCAUUUCUGCUAGGGAGUAUUAUUAAGACAAUUUACUGAGUGAUUAUACUGACUACUGCAGCUAGUUAUGUAGUAUUGCUAUUCUGUUAUACAGAACUUUGCUUAAAUGUUCUUGCUUUUGAGGCUCCUAAUCCAAUAUAUCUCAGGCUAGGGAAGCCCCACAUGGUGGGAGCAUUUGAGCAUUUGAGGACUUUGGUAGGCGGACAGCUUCCCCAGGGUGAGGGAAAUUUGUUAAUGUUUGUAACAAAUCCCCACCUUGUCCAGGGGUGGGGCGGUGGGAGUUUACAUUGACUCCUGCAUAAGUUGAAAUAUCCAGAACGGACACGAUCAGGAGUCCCCUGGGGUUCGAGAACCUUGACCCAUUGUGAUGGCGCGCGAGAUAUGGGUACGACGACAAACGGGGUUUGGUAGUUGGUGCGUUUAAGUUGCUAAUGGAGUCCCUUCAUCUCCAUAAUAUUACCUGCAAACUCAGCUGAUUUUGAAGGAGUCUGUCACUCGAAUUGGAAAGGAAAACUGCUCCUUUUGCUUAUCAUUCACCAGCUAUUAUCUUCUUACAGAGUGGAAUGCGGCCAACAGUUCUGUUUUGUUUACUGGCCUUUAGUGGCUCCUUAACGUUACAUGUGGAAAGCAAAGUUAUCUGUGGUGAAAACCAGUAUACUGUGACAAAUGGCAGCUUUUCAUAUUGUUUACAUUGUGAUACGUGCCAUCCUGGUUAUGGAUUGUAUCCUGCGUGCGGACAGUCAGUUACAUAUCCACCCAGUAAUAUUGGCUGCAAGCUUUGUCCUAAUGGGACGUUUUCAGACAAACUUGAUUCAGCUCCUUGUUACAGCUGUCAGCAGUGUGCAAAGCUUGAAAUAGUAGCUGCUCCUUGUACAAGAAUCUCAGACACAAUUUGUAAUGGAACUUGCCAGAAAGGGUAUUUUUUGGCCAAGAAGGUGCCUCAUACCUGCCAGCAAUGCUCAUACUGUUGUUUUGACGGAAAAGAUGAGGAACAACCAGAGUGUAUUAAGCAAGGCCUCAAUGUUACAGGUAGACACUGUAGUGUGAGGCUGGAUAAGCAAUGUGGUCCUCUUCUGAGUUCAGCAGCAACAGAGACCACCCAAGGAACAUCUGAGACACAUCUGCCGUCGACAACACAUUCACCAGCUUCAGCCAAGCAGACAUCAACAUCUCACCCAACAAAUCACCAUGGUGGUAAUCCUGCUAUUAUUAUCCUAAGUAUACUAAGUGGUCUAUCUUUAGCAGCUCUAAUAGUUGCAGGAAUGUUGUAUUAUAAGAGGAAGAAUCGGAUAUGGAGAAGAAAGAGUACAGACAGUAUUGUCCCUGACAUUGAGAGAAAAGCAGUUACAACAGGCAGAAGCUCUGCCCAAGGAAACUAUGGCAAUACCAGUACUACUACUCAGCUACCUCAAGUAGUAUAUCGUGCCACAGAUCCAAGAGUACAAGCAUUACAGAAUAACGGUUAUGCAGCUUCCUCACCUUCAGCUACCCCAGAGGUUUCACCUUCAGCAACCCCACAACAGACAGAUGAUGAAGUGGAUGAGUUGCCUGAUGUUAUCACUGUGCGAAACAAGCGUCGUUUGAAACGACAAAGCAGCAAAGAAACUCAAAACAAUGUACUAAAAAAGGAUGGUGCAAAUGAAAGCUUGCUAGAUCCCAAUGAACUUGCAGCUGAUGAAGGAUUCAAUUACAAAGGACAAGACAGUAAAGAUGUUGGACAGUCUAGAUCAAGGAGUCAUAGUUUAGACGCAUUGAAAAGAAAAUUUUCAAUUUCUCUUGAAAAGGAUGAUUACCAGCCAUUAGGGGAAGAGGAUCCAGAUGAACUUCAAGGAAAUGGUGAGGUUCAACCUAGAACACGCAGUGGCUCAAUAUUAAGUUUCAAAGCAUUGAAAAGAAAAUUUUCUCUACCUGAAAAAGAACAAGAUUAUUCUUUUGUUAGAACAGAGGAUCCAGAUCAAGAUCGGAGAAGAGAUCAUAUAACCUCAUACACUGAACCAAUUAAGAUUGAGGUGGAGCCCAUGCAUCAGAGACAAAAAGAAGGUUCAAGAGUGGAAUUCAAGUGCAACGUGCAGGGAAAUAAGAAAGUAUUUUAUCAGUGGGCUAAAGAUGGUACUGAAAUGCAAGGUCAAAAUAGCUCCAGUCUAGUGUUGGAUUGUGUUGAGAUGCGUGACUUUGGCUGCUAUGUGUGUCACGUAAGCGACGCUAAUGCCGAUUGUAUCAAAUCAACUGCUGCAGUACUAGAUGUUGCUCCUCGUGAUGGAAUGGACUACAAAUGCCUUAGACAGAUUGAUGACAAGACUCAAUCAAAGGUUGAAACCCUGCUUACCAAGAGGAUCCACGGACUUGGCGGGUGGAAGCAAGUUGCUAUCAAAUACGACAUGGACGAAGUUGAUAGAGACUCCCUUGAAGGAAGUCCUGACGCCGGGAAAACCACAAUUGCGUACGUUAAAGCGACCAACCCAGAUUUAACCGUAUACGAGUUUUGUAAGACGUUAAAAGAACGCAACAUACGGCGGUUUGAUAUCAUCAAAGAACUACUUGGGCAUCUUUCUGCUCUGUCUUUAGAGAAAACCUCAUAGUUAAGAACAGACACGCUGUCAUUUGCCUUAGCGGUUCAUGAAUGUGUGAGUUCGUAACUUCUCUUUAUCCUUUUCAUAAAAAAUUUCACUGAUUUUGGCUCGGAGAAUUAACGACCUGUUCACCUUCGUGAGAAAUAGUGUUGCAUAAACAGUAAGGAGAAAAUCGAUGCUGAUUUAUAGAGUAUCAGCACGCGCUUGUCCUGUGAAAUUUUGCCACAAGGCCCCCUGUCCACACUACGCUGGAGAAAACGCAGCUUUAUUUCUACGGUUAGGCCUACCGUCCACACUAAUCCGUCACGAAAAAGGAGCUUGUUGUAAACGCUCUGCAAGCCGGAAGAAGUUGAAAACACCCGCUUUGCGUUUUUGUGGACGUAAAACAUUUUGAAAACGAAGCUUUUCGAAAACGAUGAUGUCACGAUAAUCACGUGAUUUCCCUGACCGAGUUUUCCUCAAACACCAAUCAAAAAUGACCGGUGAUUGUGGCGUUUUCAAAUUUCUUCGGCGUAGUGUGAGUGGGGCCUUAGAGAAUCUGUCCUCAGGAAAUUUUAACAAAAAACACCUUACAGCUAUUUUUAUGUAUAGUAUAUUUUAAAUUUUAGGGAUUUUUAUGCAUAUUGCCGGUGCAAGAGUUCAAAAAUUGGACGAGUUUGUUUGUAACCUGCUUGCGACUCUGCUAGCAGGAUAGCUGAUUAGUCCAGAAGAUUUCAGAGUAUAUUUUACUGAGCAGCUUUGUCAAUUGAACCAUAUUUUAUGUAGUAUUUUCUUGUUAUCGUACUCAGGCGUACUUGGUCAAACUUAAGUUCAAUAAAUAACUAGAUAAAGGUAUCCUUGUUUUUCCUAACCGGGUAAAGUUGAGAAGAAUUAUGAAGUUUAAGUGUAGCCUCGCUUGCUGCUCGUGUUUUCAUAACUACUUAUGAGUGUUUGCAUCGUGUUUGUCAUAAAGAUGCGGUCAUGUUCUUUUUCUUUUUUUUUUUUUUUUUUACAAAAAUACGUCGUUACUUACUGUGUUUGCAGAAAUCUAUUACUUGGAAAUGAACCUUCAUGCAAAACACAUUUUCAUAUGAAGACUCGUUUUGCCGACCCAGAGGCAAAAGGCAACUCGGAAACAUGACCAUAUAUUUUUAUAUAUAUUAUAAAAUAAAAGCUUUUGUUAAACAUGAACGAUGCAAAUCGAUUACGAUAAAUAUUUUUUUACUUGGUAAAACUAUGUAAUGUUUCUGUUUAAAUGGGUUUGCUGGAAUUGGCUGAAUAAUAUAGUAACUUUUAUCUGGCUAGGGUUUUUAAAUUGCUUUGAAAUGGCAUCCAUGAUUUGGAAACCAGCCCUCGAUUGACCAAAUGGUGGGUGAAAAUUAAAGAUUAUGUUUUAGUGAAGUAUAAUUUAACGAUUGUCUGCAUGUAGUAAAUAUUAUCUCGGCUAUAAAAUAGCUGUUUUAUAGAUAAAUAAUUAAGUCGUAAUUUUAAUAAAUUUAUUCUUAUCGACUUAGUUAGCUGUUUUAGGAUUUUAUCAAUGACUUUAAACGACCUCCGUUUGUCAACUACUAACUAAAUACUAUCUAAAUAGAAUGCUAGGAGAAAACGUUAUCGUUACCAGUCUACUAGCGGCUCACUAGCCGGCAUGUGUCUAAGGACAAACGCGGGAAAAACGAGCCGCUGGCAAGGCUAACCUCGUCCCAGUGCCAAUUCGGAACUUAGAUAUCGCGUACGUAAGAGUAUAGUUAGACAUUUUCUAAUUGUAGCUGGCCUACCGUAUGACAGAACAUUUUGCUCAAUACGUGUGUUUUGCAAUGGAGUGAAAUUUUUAUUAAUAAACAAUUUUUUUUUUUUCA